UUUGGUUCCGUCUCUGACAAUAAGAAAGAGGCCGUCGAUGCCCAGCCCGACUCGUUGCGAAACUUUCCUUCUCGGACUCGGUUUCGACGUGCUUCAACCCUUAUAUAAUCUGUCCUACUCCUCCCCCCCAUGCAUUCCAUCGCUCGCCCCCGUCUCUUCCCGCUGUGUUUCCGGAUAUCUAAAGGGUGCAGCAUUUGGAUUGUACAAAAUGUUUUUUGAAGGGUUUGGCUAUCAUAGAGAUACAUUUGAGCAGACCUACCGAUGCUACCCUACAUCUUUUAUUGAUAAGCCACAGCUGGAAACUGGUGAUAAAAUUAUAAUGCCUCCCUCUGCGCUCGAUCGUCUUGCUGCUCUGCAUAUUGACUACCCAAUGUUAUUUGAGCUGCAUAAUGUUGCCACAGAGCGAGUUUCACAUUGUGGUGUUUUGGAGUUCAUUGCAGAGGAAGGCAUGAUUUACAUGCCAUAUUGGAUGAUGCAAAAUUUACUUCUACAAGAGGGAGAUAUAGUGCAUGUAAAAAAUGCCACUCUUCCCAAGGGUACAUAUGCGAAGUUACAGCCGCACACACAAGACUUUUUGGAUAUCUCAAAUCCCAAGGCCAUCUUGGAAACAACAUUAAGAAACUACUCAUGUUUAACAACUGGUGACAGUAUCAUGGUUGCGUAUAACAACAAGAAGUAUUACAUAGAUAUUCUGGAAACAAAGCCUUCUUCUGCGGUUAGCAUUAUUGAGACAGACUGCGAGGUUGAUUUUGCACCUCCACUUGAUUACAAAGAGCCUAAACGACAACGAACUUCUGUCUUUACAAGCAAAGCACCGGCUCAAGUUCAGGAUGCUCAAGAUGAAGCUGAAGAUGAACACAGGUUCACCCCAUUUACUGGCAUCCGAAGAAGGUUAGAUGGAAAGCCUCUGAAGGACGAUGCCCCAACUGUUACUUCUUCAGUGAAGGAUCGGAAAUCUGAAGCCGCGAACAGCAGAAAGCAGUCAACACCAUCCACUUCGCAGAGUGGUUCUUCCCAUCAAAAUAUGGGAAAACUCGUCUUUGGUUCACAUUCCAGUCAUGCUUCCAGAGAAGCACAGAAGGAUGCCCCUAAAGAAAUGAAAGAAGAAGCUGCAAGGAAUGAAGAACCAAAGUUCCAGGCCUUCACCGGGAAGAAAUACUCCUUGAGGGAUUGAUCUGUUGUGCUUUCCCCGAUGUUCCUCAAAGUUUUCUUUUUUAAUCUAUAUUAGAUUACAUGUAAUCAUACAAAUAUCAGUGGGUAUGAACUAUAUCUUCCUCUACCCCUUCUUGUAAUGCUACAUCUUUAUUAUUUUCUUCUUUCCUUUUAUGAUAGUUUCUUCUGUCACUAACAACCGCAUUAAUAAAACCAUUUUAUUACAAUA